CUCUCUCUGGCCCCGCCCCUUCGGUGCCGGCCGCGCCGGAGCGGCGGGCCCCCCCCCGCAGCAGGCUCGCCGCCAUCCAUAUAUGGGCAUGCCCCGAACGCCGCCUUCUCAUUGGCUGCCGCCGCCAUGCAGGCGGCUGUCAACAAACGGCCGGCGCUGCCGGUGCCGCCGGCGGUUAAAAGGGCCGCGGCGACGCGUGGGGCGGGGUCCCACCGCCGGCUGUGGCCGCGGCCGCUUUAAGGGCGCGGCCCGCCCCGCCGCGGCCCGCGCCAGGGGGCGGAGCGCGCGCCGGAGCCGGAGCCGCGCGGCCGCCGUCGCUGCCCGGCCGGGGCGCUGCCCCGCGGUGCCGGUGCCGCCGCCGAUGGAGCCGGAGGCGGCGGCCGCGGUGCAGCUGUGGUGCCCGCGGCCCUUCGGCACCUUCUCGCAGAACCAGGCGCCGGGGGCCACGCGCCGCCCGCCCGCCGCCCCCAAAGCCCCCGCCGCCGCCGCCGAGAACACGCCGCCGCCGCCGCCGCCGGUGCCGCCGCCGCCGCCGCUCGACGAGGGCCGCGUGCUCCUCGACACCUGGUACGUCAUCAAGCCCGGCAACACCAAGGAGAAGAUCGCCUUCUUCGUGGCCCACCAGUGCGGCGGCGCCCGCGCCGGCACCAUGAAGGUGAAGGGCAACUGGGGCGGCGAGAGCUGCAAGGCCAAGCGGCGCCGGCGCUCGCGCGGCGAUGCCGACGCCGACGCCAACGCCAAGGCCGGGCCGGGCGGCCCGGUGCCGCGGGGCUCCGCCGAGCCGCCCGACCUGCUCUCGGUGGCCGAGCUGGUGGCGCUGGCGGAGCAGCGAGCGGCGCUGGCCCUGCAGCGGCCCCGCGCCGGGCCCGGGGCUCCCGUGGUGCUGGUGGCGGACGAGUGUCGCCGCGUGGCCGAGGCGGUGGCCCGCUUCGAGUCGCGCCAGCGUCCCCCCGGUGCCACCGGCGCCGUCACCACCGCCGCCGCCGCCGCCGAGCCGCGGCCCGGCGAGGUGCGCAUCGCCUUCCGCAUCUCCAGCGAGGCGCGCGCCGCCCCGCCGCCCGGCCUCGCCGCCAAGGACAAGAUCACCUGCGACCUCUACCAGCUGCUGAGCCCCGCGCGCGACGCGCUGCCCGCCGACGUGGAGCUGCUGCUGGCCACCGACGCCGAGGAGAAGACGCCGCCGCCAUCCUCCUCCUCCUCCUCCUCCUCCUCGGUGCGUGAUUGUGGCUUCCACGUGGACGUGGUGGUGACGGGGGCGGUGGACGAGUGCGUCUUCCUGGGCAAGGACAGCAGCAAGGCGGUGACGGAGGAGACGGUGUGCCUGGGCGCCGAGCCGCCGCCGCCGCCGCCGGGGCAGCUCUUCCUGCCGCCCCAGGAGGCCGCCGACAGCCCCGAGGCCACCGCCACCGUGUCACCGCCGCCACCGCCGCCACCGCCGGCGGACUCCUCGCUGUGCCGCCUGUACCGGCACGUCUCGCACGACUUCCUGGAGAUCCGCUUCAAGAUCCAGCGGCUGCUGGAGCCGCGGCAGUACAUGCUGCUGCUGCCCGAGCACGUCAUGGUGAAGAUCUUCAGCUACCUGCCCACGCGGGCGCUGGCCGCCCUCAAGUGCUCCUGCCACUACUUCAAGGCCAUCAUCGAGACCUUCGGCGUGCAGGCGGCCGACUCGCGCUGGAACCGCGACCCGCUCUACCGCGACGACCCCUGCAAGCAGUGCCGGAAGCGGUACGCGCGGGGCGACGUCUCGCUGUGCCGCUGGCACCCCAAGCCCUACCACCACGACCUGCCCUACGGCCGCUCCUACUGGCUCUGCUGCCGGCGGGGCGAGCGCGAGGCGCCCGGCUGCCGCCUCGGCCUCCACGACAAUAACUGGGUGCCGCCGGGUGCCCGGCCCGCCGCCCGCCGCCGCGACGGGCCCUGAGGCGCUGCGGGGACGCGGGGCCGGGGGGGGGGGGACGCGGCGGUGGCACGGGGGACGGCGCGGCGGGGAUGAAAAAAGAACGGAAAGGAAAAACGAGCGGCGGGUCGUCA